AUGACCGUCCGAACGUUGGGUCUGGCGCUUCUGGCUUUGGCACAGCAGGCCGCGGCCGACUGCGAGGGCAGCAACGUGAUCACCUUGCCCUAUCGCAAUGUCACCGUCAACGGCCUCACCCAGCAGCGAGGCCUCGAGAUCUCGCUGGGCACGCCCCCACAAGCCCUGGCGUUCGACAUGGCCGGAUACGCAAACAACACCUUCCUCUGGGACUGGCACGAAGGCUGUGGAGCCUCCCUCGAUGAUCCGUGUAUCCUCAACCGCGGCGGUGUCUUCAUGACAGACCCUUCCGAAAGCUGGACCGACACCGCCAGCGCCAACAUCACCGCGCACGACUCCCCGUCCGACGCCUUUGACUUCGUCGGCGUCCCGCCCCGCGGCGCCGACACCCUCCACAUCAACGACACCUACGCCCUAUACAACUUCCCGGUCGCGACCACUACGCGCGCCAUGACCUUCAACUCGCUAGGCCUCGGCCCCGACUCCACCUUCCUGCAAUACCUCUCCGAAAAGGGCGCCAUCCUCUCCAAAUCCUGGGGUCUCUUCUUCGGACUAAACGGCUACACCGAGCCGGAGCAGAUGAACGGCGUCGCUGUCUUCGGCGGCUACGACAAAGCCAAGACCCAAGGCGACAGCCAGACCUUCGACGUGAACCUCAACUCCGACUGCCCGACAGGCCUCGACGCCUUCGUGACGAGCGUCGACGUCGGCAUGCCCAACGGAACCGAGUACAACGCCCUCUCCAAAGGGCGGUACAUGUGCAUCGACCCCUCCAACCGACUGAUGACCUUCGACGCCGACACCAUCGAAGGCAUGAAGUCCUCCUUCGGGGGCAAGUACUUCGGCAACUCGACGGGGCUGCGCCCGAACGGCCUGCUGUACGAUAUAGAAGAGCCCGUCUUCGGCGGCAACAUCACCAUCACGCUGAACACGGAUCUGAAGAUCACCAUCACCAACGAGCAGCUCGUCACGACGGACUCGUACGUCAAUGAGAACAAGCUCGGCUUCAGCGACACGUCGCGCGAGAUUCUCGUCGGCUAUACGGACGGCCAGCCCAACGAGAACACCUGGUAUCUGGGUCAGCCGUUCCUGACAGCCGCGUACCUGCUCGUCAAUCACGACGAGAGCAAGUUCCACGUCUGGCAGAACAAGAUCACCGACGACGAGGAGUACCACGCUGUGCAGCCGUCCGGCACAGAAUGCAAGACCGAGGCUGCCGCCCCGGACGCAGCGAAGCAGACGACGUCCCCAGACAUGGGUGACAAGCCCAGCGACAAGGAGUCAGACGGUCUGUCGGGCGGUGCUAUCGCGGGUAUCGUCGUCGGAGUCGUCGUCGGCGUGGCCCUCGUCGCAGGAGCCAUCGGUUUCAUGAUCUACCGCCGGAAGCAGCAAGCCGGCAAUGCUGGCACGUCGCCCGAGAACCCGCCAGCGUACAUCCCCGGCAGCAAUGUCCCCGGCAGCAAUGGAGACGUAAACGGCGUGGGAAUGUCGGAACUGGCGUCCAAGGAGGUGGCGGCGCCGGCGGAGCUCGAGGAUAAGGAUAGGAGAGUGGAGGUCCCUGCGGAGCCGGUGGCUGUUGAGGCGCCGGCGGAGGUGAAUCCGGUUUAUGAGAUGCCUGCUGAUGUGCCAGGUGCGCGGCGUGGAUCACUUAUUGAUAAUAAUUGA